UUUAAGUUUAGUUCUCUUUUUGUAAUACUAAUAUUGAAAAAUUAAAAAUUCUUGUUUUAAUUUCUUCUAAAUAUAAAAUAUAUUAUUUUUUAUUAUUAUUUUAGUUUUAUUUUAAAAUAUAAAAAUAAUAAAAUCAUUUUAUUAUAUAUAUAUAUGUAUAUAUAUAUUUAAUCAAAUUUGUAUAUUAUAAAAUCUUAAAAAUGCUACAAAUUUCAAAUUAUAUUCGAUUAAAAUCGCAAAAUUUUAUCAAAAUCAUGAACAAACACAUGAAUCUAAGAUGUUUAGCAACUCAAGCUGUUGUAGAAAACAUAGUAGAAGAAAAAACAGAAAAAAAUACAGCUAUAAAAUAUCAAUCUUUUGUCAGAAAUAUUUUUAUUAGUCAAUUAGAGAGUAGUCAAAUAUUUCCAUUUCCAGAAGUAUUAACUGAAGAACAAAAUGAUACAUUAAGAUUAUUAAUUGAUCCUAUGGAAAAAUUUUUUGAGAAAGUAAAUGAUCCAAUGAAAAAUGAUGAUAAUGCAUCAAUAGAUGAGAAAACUUUACGAUCAAUGUGGGAACUUGGAAUAUUUUGUCUUCAAGUUCCUCAGGAAUAUGGUGGAUUAGGAUUAAAUAAUACUCAAUAUAGCAGAUGUGUUGAAAUAUGUGGAUAUAAUGAUUUAGGUAUUGGUAUCACUUUAGGUGCACAUCAAAGUAUAGGAUUCAAGGCAAUACUUUUAUAUGGUACACCAGAACAAAAAAAAAAAUAUCUUCCAAGAGUUUGCAAUGGUGAUUAUGCAGCAUUUUGUCUCACAGAACCAAGUAGUGGUUCAGAUGCUGGUUCAAUUCGUUCUCGUGCAAUAAAAUCUGCAGAUGGUUCACAUUAUAUUUUAAAUGGCAAUAAAAUUUGGAUAUCAAAUGGUGGUUUAGCAGAAAUAAUGACAGUUUUUGCUCAAGUUCCUGUACAAGAUCUAAAAACUGGUAAAAUUAAAGAUAAAGUUACAGCAUUUAUUGUUGAAAGAUCUUUUGGUGGUGUAAUAAGUGGACCACCGGAAAAAAAAAUGGGUAUUAAAUGUAGUAAUACAACAGAAGUAUAUUUUGAAAAUGUUAAAAUACCAGCAGAAAAUAUUAUAAAGGGCGAAGGACAAGGUUUUUCGGUUGCAAUGAAUGUUUUAAAUAAUGGUCGAUUUGGUAUGGCUGCUGCUCUUUCUGGAACUAUGCGUUAUUGUAUUAAAAAAGCAAUUGAACAUGCAACACAACGAGUACAAUUUGGACAUACAAUAGAUUAUUAUGGAAGUAUUCAAGAAAAAUUAGGUCGUAUGGCAAUGUUACAAUAUAUAACUGAAAGCCUUGCAUAUUCAAUUGCGGGUAACAUGGAUAAUGGAAGUCAAGAUUAUUAUUUAGAAGCUGCAAUUUCUAAAUGUUUUGCAUCAGAAGCUGCAUGGUGGGUUUGUGAUGAAACUAUGCAAAUAUUAGGUGGAAUGGCAUAUAUGAAAGAUACAGGUCUCGAACGAGUUAUGCGAGAUUUACGUAUUUUUAGAAUUUUUGAAGGAACUAAUGAUAUUCUUCGUAUUUUUGUUGUACUUUCUGGACUUCAACAUGCAGGAAUUCAUUUGCAACAAUUAAUGUCAGCAAUUAAGAUUCCUACUAUCAAUUUAGGAUUAAUAUUUGAAGAAUUAAGCAAAAGAGCAAUGCGAACAAUUGGAUUUUCAUCAACACGUAAUCUUAUUCAAUUAGUUCAUCCCAGAUUACACAGUAGUGCUACAUUAUGUGCUAAGAGCAUAGAAGCUUUUGGUCAAAUUAUAGAAGGUGCUAUUAUUAAAUAUGGACCAAGAAAUAUUGUGGAGCAACAAUUUAUUCUUAACAGACUAGCUCAAGCAGCAUUUGAUAUAUAUACUAUGGCUAUUAUAUUAAGCAGGGCAUCUACAUCUGCAAAUAAAAAUCUUCCAAAUAUGGAACAUGAACUUCUUAUGGCAGAAACUUGGUGCAAUGAAGCAACUAAUCGUGUGAAUAAUAAUUUAAAAUUUGAUAAAAAAUUGAAUAUAUUUAAUAAUUUAAGUAAAAUUUCAAAGAAUAUGUGUGAUGUUGGUGGAUGUGUUCAAUUAAAUCCAUUAGGCUUUUAAUAAUAAAAUCAAUCAAAUAACUAAUCAAUAAACAUAGAAUUGUAAAUUAUUUACUUAAAACAAUAAUAAUU